AAUUUUCAAACCCCAAGAAGCAUUUCAUUUGAUUUAGGGGUUCGUUUGUUCUGAUUUCCUCCUUCAACGCGCGUGCCUUUUUCACCUGCAUUCAUUAAUUGAAAUGGCAUCGCCGCCGUCUGCGUUUGAUUUCACAGUCAAGGAUGCUAAUGGGAACGACGUCGAUCUUAGCAUUUAUAGAGGCAAAGUGUUGCUGAUUGUCAAUGUAGCCUCUAAAUGUGGGAUGACCAAUUCGAACUACACCGAGCUAAACAAGCUAUAUGAAACUUAUAAAGAUCAAGGCCUGGAAAUUCUGGCUUUCCCAUGCAAUCAGUUUGGUGAAGAAGAACCUGGAACCGACAAUCAAAUUCUUGAUUUUGUUUGCACUCGUUUCAAGUCGGAGUUUCCCGUCUUUGGUAAGAUUGAAGUGAAUGGUGAUGGUGCUGCGCCACUGUACAAGUUCUUGAAGUUGGGGAAAUGGGGAAUCUUUGGCGAUGAAAUUCAGUGGAAUUUUGCAAAGUUCUUGGUCGACAAAAACGGACAACCCGUCGAUCGAUACUAUCCCACGACAUCACCUCUCACAGUUGAGAGAGAUAUCAAAAAUCUAUUGGGGCUAUCGUAAAUGAUGAGAAAUCGAUGAUCUUUGAUGCUGGAAAGGUUUCGAUCUCUGCAAUUUCGAAGAGUUUGGAAUUGAAUUAAAGAAGUUAUACUUAUAUUUGACAACUUUGUUGUAGUAUAAUUUGGUUUAUUUAUAAUUUAUUUACCAUAUUUAUGA